GUUUUCAAUCACAAAGGAAGACUUAUUAAUUAGUCACAAAGUACUAUGAAGUUUCCUCAUCACUACUUUCAUUCACACACUUCUCCUCAUAGCGCUUAUCUUAGGGGAAAUCUCCAUAUAUAAUCGGCCUCACUUCAGUGUUUUCUCCUCCUUAACAAUCUUUUUAUCUAUAUAUACUGCAAUAUUCAUUAUACGAUUCUGAAAGAGCUAGCCACAAAGAUGAAGCAAAAGAUUGUGAUGAAGGUGCAAAUGAAUUGCAAGAAAUGCCAGACCAAGGCACUCCAGGCUGCGGCAACCCGAGGAGGUGUAAACUUCGUGGGAUUAGAAGGAGGAGAAGUGAAAGAUAAAGUUGUAGUGAUUGGGGAUGGCGUUGACGCCGUUGACUUGGCCAAGACUUUGAGGAAGAAGUUGGGUGAAGCUCACAUCAUUAGUAUAGCAGUUAUCACCUAAAUAAUAGUAAAUAGUAAAUAGUAAAUAAUAACGACAGAUUCAUAAAAUAAUUUUUCUUUUUCUAUAUUAAAAAAACAUCCAUCCCAUGAUCCAAUCCCAACAUUCUUCUUUUUUUUUUCUUUUUUCCGUCUUGCGGUUAUAUAUAUUAACAGAUAUGCGAGAUUCAUAUAUAGAGAGAGUUUUUAUUAUGUAUUUUUUUGGGGGGGCACUUUUUAAUUUAGUGAGACUUUUGGUAGGUCCUGUAAUCUUUUUACCUGCCGUAUACGUAUUGAUUAACAGUUAAUGAUCAUGUUUUUUUCUUUUCUCUUUUAGAUUUUGGACGAUCGUGUUCUUAUAUUCUAUUAAUAAAGAGUGCUUAAUUUAGUUUU